CAUAUCACUUCAAUGUGGAGAGUGGAGGAUAGAAAACAGAAGAAGAGUGUAUAUUCAAAUGGCAUCUGCUCUUGCCUUCUCUCUGAAUUCUCAUCUGCUUUUGGUUCCUCCUUCAGUUUCCUUGAAUCCUUUGCUAGCUCCACAUAUUUCAACAGUUUCUUCAUCAUCAGCAACCAAAACCCAUCACUUGAAGCUCAAGCACUCACCCAGAGCGUCUGCUGAAGGAGUUCCCAGUGAAUUGAGCGAAGAUUCCAAAUUUGUUCCACUUAAUGCUGAAAGUAUGAUAUUUGGCCCACCUGCUUUGUUAUUGUUGGGCUUUGAAGUGGAGGAAGCUGCGACGGUACAAGAUUUUCUGAAACAGAUAGGAGGUGAUUUCCUCAAGGUUAUUUAUUGUACUGAAGACAUGAUCACUCGUUCACUUUGGGAAGCAAUGAAUACAAUCCAACCCAAUUUGGAGGAAGUGAAGAUUGCUGAGCCGCUGCCACGAAUCUGUUUCUUAUCUGGUCUUAGUGGGGAAGAGAUGAUGAUGUUGAUUGAUGAUUUUCCAGAGACAGGACUUGAACCAGCUGUUUUUGCAGCUCUUGUUCCCAACAGUGCUGAGAAACUGAUAGAGGAGUUGAUAGACGAGAUUAUGGCAGAUCAUGAAAUGAUAACCAAGAAAAUGGAAGAGGGCAUAGGCAAAUCCGAUAAAUGAUGGAAUUUUGUUGCUGAGGUUGAGACCAUAAGUCAUGCCAGUUCUAGAUAAAAUCUAGUUUCCAGAAAGAACAAUGUAAUAGUAGAGAGGGAAGUUAAGUUACACCACCAAAGUCUUCACUGGGAUUUUCACAGUUGUAUCUGCACUAUGCAAGCAUACACUGUACUGAUUUGUACAGCAGUUGCAAGCAUACAGUGUUUGAUAUGUAACUCACAGCAGAUGCGAGGGCUAUGUGUUUUAUGUGUUGUUUUUUGUUAAACAAAUUCAUCAGUAAUGCUCUAGAUUCGAUAAAUGUGAAGAUAUCAUCCUAUCACAUAA